AUGCUGCUGCCCCCAGUUUGGCGGGUGCCAAAGCCGCAGGUGCCCGCCGGUCGCUGCCACCCCCAGGGGUGUCGCGGCGAGGGGGGUGUCACCAACCCUGUGUCCCCCCACCCCGAGCAGCCCCUCUGUGAGCACCCCGGGGUGCGGGGCUGGGGGACGGGACCCCGGGACGGGGCGCGGGUUCAGGUGCGGGAGGAAACGCGGUGGCGGCGCGAAGGGAAGCGCGGCCGGGGCGCGACGGAAACAUCUCCGGUACCACCUGCGCCCCGGGGCACGGGGGUGGCGGGGCAGAGGCCCGGCUGUCACCCGGGCCACGCUAUCACCGCGCCCCGCCGUGGGGAGGAGGAUGGAUGGCAUGGAGGUGGAGCCCCCGGUGGCCCCAGAGCCCCCACCCUGCUGAAGGCCUACAAGUGGCGCACGAGCACCCCGGGGGGGGGCGAGCGGGACCCCGAGAGGGCCGGGGGGUCCCCCGGGAGCCGCCGCUGGGCUCGACUGCAGGGCUGGAAACGCUCCUACAGCCACCCCGAGAGCGACGGCCCCCCGGACAGGGGGUCCCAGAGGGUCCCCAAGGCCAGCAGCCGCCGGUCCCUGUUCCAGAGAGCCUUCUCGGCACCCUCCAAGGGACCCAAGGAGCCCCGCGGGGCCGAGGGGGGCGGCCGGGCCCCCCUGCACAAGUACCUGCGCUCCGUGGGCAGGAGGAGGGGCCACGGGGACAGGGCGGAGCAGGGGGGACACGAUGGGACAGUGAGCACUCAGAGGACGCCCCCGAUCCCGCUGGCGCCAGUGCCCGACGUCCCGGUGUGGGACGUGUCCCAGUUCUGCCUGGUGGACGGACACCUGGUCCUGGUGGGCAGGGACGAGGAGGCUUCCCACCGGAGCAGGAACCGCGCCGGGAGCUCCAACUCCGAGGGCACCAACGUGGGCAGGAGGGACCCUGACCCGGCUGCAGAUGAGAGGAAUGCCCGGGGGGCCGCGAGGAGCCCCGAGAGCGAGACCCCCCCCACCUCCCAGCUCAGCAAUGUCAAGGGGCUCUUGUGGAAGAGGCUCCGGGACAGGAAGAGUCGCGGUGGCACCAAAGCUGAGACCCCGGCGGUGACGGGCCCCGAGGCCGAGAGGGUCCCCAGCCGGAGCGGCUCCCGGGAGUCGCUGCUGCCCCCGGCCGAGCUGGACCUGAGCGGGGACGCCGUCAUCGUGCGGCCCGUGCACGGCAGCAUCGUGGGCGAGAGGUUCUGCUUCCAGGUGAUCACGGGCGAGGGCAGCCGGUCCUUCGGCUGCGCCUCCCUGGCCGAGCGCGACCGCUGGAUCGAGAACCUGCGGCGGACCGUGCAGCCCAACAAGGACAACUGCGAGCGGCUGGAGCUGGCGCUGAGCCUGUGGGUGUACGAGGGCCGGGACCUUCCCCCGCGGCGCCGCCUGCGGUGCCACCUGCAGCUGGACGGGGCGCUCCUGGCGCGCACCACGGCCAAGGCGGCGGGCGCCGACGGCGAGCUCUUCUGGGGGGAGCUGUUCCAGCUGGCCGCGCUGCCGCCCGCCCGUGCCCUCACCCUGGCGCUGUGCCGCGACGACCAGCCCGGCGCGCCGCCGCUGGCCGCGGUGACCGUGCCGCUGGCCGAGCUGGCGCGGCAGCCGCUGGAGCGCUGGUACAGCCUGAGCGGCCCCGGCGCGGGCGGCGAGCGGGCGCCGGCGCUGCGGGUGCGCGGGCGGUACCGCGAGGUGCGGGUGCUGCCCAUCGUGCGCUACAAGGAGCUGGCCGAGUUCAUCACCUUCCACUACCGCGAGCUGUGCGCCCGCCUGGAGCCCGCCAUCGCCCUGCGCCACAAGGAGGAGCUGGCAGGGGCCCUGGUGCGCGUCCUGCAGAGCACCGGCAAGGCCAAGUCGUUCCUCAUCGACCUUGGCGUGGCUGAGCUGGACCGUUUCGAUGAGCGCGAGGCCCUGAUCUUCCGUGAGAACACCUUGGCCACCAAGGCCAUCGACGAGUACAUGAAACUGGUGGGGGGCAAGUACCUCCAGGACACGCUGGGGGAGGUGGUGGCCCGGCUGUGCAGCUCAGAUGAGAGCUGCGAGGUGGAUCCCAGCAAAUGCUUCGGCCCCGACCUCUCCAUCCACCAGAAGAACCUGCGGCAGGUCUGCGAGGAGACCUUCCAGCGCAUCGCCCACAACUGCGACGCCUUCCCGGCGGAGCUGGGCGAGGUGUUUGCAGCGUGGCAGGAGGAGUGCGCGGCGCGGGGCAAGGCGGCCCUGGGGCAGCGCCUGGUGUCGGCCUCGCUCUUCCUGCGGUUCCUCUGCCCCGCCAUCAUGUCCCCGAGCCUCUUCGGCCUCGUCCAGGAGUACCCCGGCGAGGCCACCGCCCGCACCCUCACCCUCGUGGCCAAGGUCAUCCAGAACUUGGCCAACUUCACCACGUUUGGUGAGAAGGAAGCCUACAUGGGCUUCAUGAACGAGUUCCUGGAGUGCCACUGGAGCCCCAUGGCAGAGUUCCUGCAGAGCGUGGCCAGCCCCGAGAGCAGCGCCCACAUGGCCACCUACGACGGCUACGUGGACCUGGCCCUGGAGCUGGCCACGCUCCACCUGCUGCUCUGCGACAUCUUCUCCAGCCUGGACCAGGCCACGCAGGAGGAGCUGGAACCGCUGCCCACCAUCCUCACGGCCAUCAGGGAGGGCACCCCCGUGCCCGUGUCCGUCCGGCUCAGCUCCACCGCCAAGAGGAGCCCCUGCGAGCCCUUCAAGCCGGGCUUUGUGCCCCCGCGGGACCUGAGCAAGCACAGCCCCCUCAUCAAGAGCCAGUCCCUCAUCAGCAUCCGCCGCGUGCGGGGCCGUGAGGAGGGGCCGGAGCCGGAGCCGGAGCCAUCGCCGGAGCCAUCGCCAGCCCCGGAGCCCGGCCGGGAGCGCCGCAACGUCCAGCGCACCCAGAGCGUGCCGGCGCAGGGCAAGGCCCCGCGGCGCCCGCGCCACCAGGGCAGCGCCGAGCUCGAGGCCGAGCCGUCGCCCGGCGAUGGCACAGGGUCACCGGUCACCGGCAGCGCCCCGGCCCGCGGGAAGCUGCGCUCGUCGGCGUCGCUGCCCCGCAAGCCGGCGGUGCCGUGGCAGCGCUUCGCGGAGGACCCGGCGGCCCGGGGCGAGCUCUACGCGCUGCGCCCGCUCGAGAAGCACGGGCGGCUGCUGGAGGCGCUGCGGGAGGAGGUGUCGGAGCUGCGGGAGCGGCUGGAGCGGGCGGAGGCGCGGGCGGGACGCGCCGAGGAGCAGCACCGGGAGCAGCUGGAGCGGCUCCGGCAGCAGCUGGACGAGGGCAACGCCCGAGCCGCCAACCUGGGGGCCAGGCUGACGGCGGCCGAAGGCACCAGGAAAAAGGACCUGGAGAGGCUGAAGAGCAACGAGGAGAAGAACCGGGAGCUGGAGCGGCGGCUGUCGGCGCUGGAGCGGGAGCAGUCGGAGCUGCGCGGGAUCCUGGCCCAGGCCCUGGGACCCCCCGGCAGGACCAGACCCCGGGGGCCAGCGCGGGGCUGGGACGAGAGCGGGGACGAGGCCCAGGCCACCAGCGUGUGA